GCUGCUGCUUCUAGAGUCUUCUUGUCUCUUCUUAUAUCUCUGAACCCACUCCCCCUCCCUCAACGCCGGCUUCCUACCGUCUCUCUCCGCCGAAACACUGCCUCUGCUUCCCUUCCUCUCAUCCGCCAACAUGUAUCGUUUCGCCUCCAGCCUCGCUUCCAAAGCUAGGAUCGCUAGGAAUAGUACCCGUCAGGUUGGGAGUAGAUUGAGUUGGAGCAGGAACUAUGCUGCCAAAGACAUUAAGUUUGGAGUUGAGGCUCGAGCCUUGAUGCUUAGGGGCGUUGAAGAGCUUGCUGAUGCUGUCAAAGUCACUAUGGGUCCUAAGGGACGAAAUGUGGUUAUUGAACAAAGCUUUGGAGCCCCCAAAGUUACUAAAGAUGGUGUAACUGUUGCAAAGAGCAUUGAAUUCAAGGAUAGAGUCAAGAACGUUGGUGCUAGCCUUGUGAAACAGGUUGCAAAUGCCACCAAUGAUGUAGCAGGAGAUGGUACCACUUGUGCUACAGUCCUUACAAGGGCAAUAUUUACUGAGGGAUGCAAGUCAGUUGCUGCAGGGAUGAAUGCCAUGGACCUAAGACGUGGGAUCACAAUGGCAGUUGAUGCUGUUGUAACAAACUUGAAGAGCAGAACUAGGAUGAUUAGCACAUCUGAGGAAAUAGCUCAGGUUGGAACCAUAUCAGCCAACGGUGAGAGGGAAAUAGGUGAACUAAUUGCAAAGGCAAUGGAAAAGGUUGGCAAAGAGGGAGUCAUAACUAUUCAGGAUGGGAAAACAUUGUUUAAUGAGUUAGAAGUUGUUGAGGGCAUGAAACUGGAUAGGGGCUACAUAUCCCCUUAUUUCAUUACCAACCAGAAAAACCAAAAAUGCGAACUAGAUGAUCCUCUCAUCUUAAUCCAUGAGAAAAAAAUCUCUAGUUUGAAUGCCGUGGUGAAAGUAUUGGAGUUAGCCUUGAAGAGACAAAGGCCCUUACUCAUUGUUGCUGAAGAUGUAGAGAGUGAAGCAUUGGCAACUCUUAUUCUAAACAAGCUUCGUGCAGGAAUCAAGGUUUGUACCAUCAAGGCUCCUGGUUUUGGAGAGAACAGGAAAGCUGGUCUCCAUGAUCUUGCUGCCCUUACAGGAGGACAGGUUAUAACUGAAGAACUUGGCAUGAACCUUGAGAAGGUGGAUUUUGAUGUGUUUGGAUCUUGCAAAAAGGUUACUGUGUCAAAAGAUGAUACUGUAAUUCUUGAUGGGGCUGGUGACAAGAAGUCUAUCGAGGAAAGAUGUGAACAGAUUAGGUCAGCAAUUGAAUUGAGCACCUCUGACUAUGACAAGGAGAAGUUGCAAGAAAGAUUGGCAAAGCUGUCUGGUGGUGUUGCUGUUUUGAAGAUUGGAGGAGCUAGUGAAGCUGAAGUUAGUGAGAAAAAGGACAGAGUCACAGAUGCCUUGAAUGCCACAAAGGCCGCUGUGGAGGAGGGUAUUGUGCCUGGUGGUGGUGUUGCUCUUUUGUAUGCAUCAAAAGAGUUGGACAAGCUUCUUACUGACAACUUUGACCAGAAGAUUGGUGUUCAAAUUAUUCAGAAUGCUCUGAAGACGCCUGUGUACACUAUAGCUUCCAAUGCAGGAGUUGAGGGAGCUGUUGUGGUUGGCAAGUUGUUGGAACAAGAUAACCCUGAUCUUGGAUAUGAUGCUGCCAAAGGUGAAUAUGUUGACAUGGUUAAAGCUGGUAUCAUCGACCCAUUGAAAGUUAUUAGAACUGCCUUGGUUGAUGCUGCAAGUGUAUCAUCAUUGAUGACAACAACCGAAGCUAUUGUAUCUGAGCUCCCAAAGGAUGAGAAGGAAGCUCCAGCAAUGGGCGGCAUGGGUGGCAUGGAUUAUUGAGAUAUGUCUCAAUACCAUAACAGUCCAAAUUGCCUGGACAAAAAUACAGAGCAUUAGUGUUUUAGCUGAUUUGAGUCUUAAUUGUUUCAAUCACAAGGCAUCCAUGUAAUCAUAACCAGAGAGCAAUUGUAGGUAGUUUUUGCAAUGGAGAACGAAACCACAUCUCUCCUUAUUGUUGCAAGUUGCUAGGAAGACCCCACCUUCAUUGCAUUACUGGCCUUUUUGCCUAAUGGGAAGUGGCAAUUUAUGGAUGUUUUUACCACUUUAAAAUCAAAUGCUGAUUAGGUUUUUAAAUCUGCUCACUUUUGUGUAAUAAUAUACUCCUGUUUCAGAA